GCAGUCAGUAUGCCACCCAACGGCGACGAUGUCACAGGAGUGCUUUUCGAGACGGAUGGCCAGACGGGAGACCUGGGUCUGGCCAAGGAUCUGACCAAGCUGAAGACAACUGAUGGCAGGAAACUAGAGUUGGUGUGGCUCAACAUCAUCCUGUUUGUGAUCGCACACACACUCUCCGCGUACGGUCUGUGGUUGCUGCUUGUGGAGUCCACUUGGACCACUUUCUUCAUUUUCCCUGCGACCUUUGUACUUUCGGUUGUGGGAAUUUCCGGAGGCGCCCAUCGUCUGUUCGCGCAUCGCACCUUCAAGGUCAACAAGAAGUUGAAGCUGAUAUUUCUGUUUCUGAACACGCUGGCCUUCCAGGAUGCGGUGUACUAUUGGGCAAGGGACCAUCGGUUGCACCACAAGUACACGGAGACGGAUGCGGAUCCGUACAACUCGGAGCGCGGCUGGUGGUUCGCUCACAUCGGUUGGCUGUGCUGUCGCAAACACCCGGAGGUGACGGAAAAGGGUCGCCAGAUCGAUCUAUCCGACCUGAAGAGUGAUCCGAUGGUGAUGUUCCAAAAGAAGUACUAUCUCAUAUUGAUGCCGCUCAUCUGCUUCGUGAUGCCCACUGUGCUGCCAAUGUGGCUGUGGGGCGAGACUUUCAGGACCUCCUUCUGCGUGAUGAGCCUGCUCCGGUGGGUCCUUUGCCUGAAUAUCGUCUGGUUGCUGAAUAGCUCCGCUCACAUGUUCGGAACACGGUUCUACGAUAGGAACAUCAAUCCCACGAAUGAGUCAUUGCUCAUUUGGUUCAACUUGGGCGAAGCGUAUCACAAUUACCAUCAUGUCUUUCCCUGGGACUACAAGAGUGCGGAGGUGGGUCAUUUCGCCAAUGACUUCACCACCAAGUUUAUCGAGUUCUUUGCAAAAAUUGGCUGGGCCUACGAUCUCAAGAGUGUGCCCAUAGACCUUGUCAAGCGAAGAGCACUGCGCACUGGAGAUGGAACCCAUCCCAUUUGGGGCUGGGGAGACAAGGAUCAAACGAAACAGGACAUUCUCGAAACUGAAAUCAAUCACCAGCAAAAGGAUAAUAAUUAGAAAGUAAUUUAAGUUGUAUUGAACCAAAUAUUAUAGUUUAUUUAUCUGUGCACAUUUCAUGUAUGAGGUAUAUAUUUUUUUAUACAAAUAAAUACAUUAAGUGGGACUUGAACCUAUUAUG